AUGAGGAAGAAGCAAGAUGAAGCAGUCAGGGAAAUAAAGGAGAUUUCUAAAAAUGUCAAGUCCCUCUAUAUCCCUUCAGACGGUAAGAAGAUACUGCAAACUGAUGCCAGUAAUGAAUAUUGGAGUGCCGUUCUAUUUGAAGAAAAAGAUGGCCGAAGAAAAAUAUGUGGAUAUGCCAGCGGAAAAUUCAAAGAGGAUGAGCAACAUUACCACUCCACCUUCAAGGAAAUCCUUCCAGUAAAGAAUGGAAUCAAGAAAUUCAAUUUUUUCCUGAUUCACACAGAGUUUCUGAUAGAAAUGGAUAUGAAGGCCUUCCCAAAGAUGAUCCAGAUAAAUGCAAAAAUUAUUCCCAAUCCUCAAAUUCUCAGAUGGGCCCAAUGGUUCUCUCCAUACAAGAUUCAAGUCAGGCACCUGAAAAGGAAAGGAUAA